CGAAGCUUACAUACAUACAAUUUACACUUGCCUCAAUCCCUAAACUCCAUCUCUUCAUUGGCUAUGUCGUGCUCUAGUACUUUCGAAUCUUUAAGAGACUUGCAUGAUUCUGUGAACAACCUGCUUCGUUCCCCAGACAUGAAGCGACUUCUUUCCCACCACAAACAUGACCAAAAGUGGGUUCAGAAGGUCUCUGAAUCGUCUUUAAAGAUGUUAGAUUCUUGCGGGACGACCAAAGACAUACUGUCUCUUGUUAAAGGUCACAUCCAAGAACUCCAGUCCACGUUUCGCCGAGCCAGUAAUGGUGAAACGGAGAAGAAGCUAACAGCAUAUAGCUUUCAAAGAAAGGAGUUGAGAAAACAGAUGUUAAAGCGUUUAAACUCGCUGAAGAAGAUGAAGAACGCGACUAGUGGUACUGGUCAUCAUACCAUGAUCGACGAUAAUCAAAUAAUUGUUGCAAAUGUGCUCAAAGAAGUGAGAGAAACCAUUGUUAUAUUAUUGGAGUCAGUUAUGUUGCUUAUGUCCAUGCCUAACCCUAGCCCUAGCACAACAAAGCUGAUGAUCAACUGUAAUGGGGUUUUUGCAGCCAAGGUUAAGUUUACGAGGGUGAAUAGUCUGAGCCCUUGGGAGGAUUGUGACGUGCAAGCCCUUCAAAGUGCAAUAGAGAGACUGGAAGCUGUGGAAAGCGCCAUGGAAGAUCUUGAGGUCGAAUUAGAGUGCAUUUUUAAGAGGUUGAUGAGAACUAGAGUUUUGUUGCUCAACAUUCUCACAAACUAGCUAGGAGGGUUGUUAUAUGCUCAAAAUAUGCUACCCAUGUGUUAUAAUUUAACACCCUCAAAAACUUUGAUUUAAUGUAGGUAGUACAAAGUUGAUAAUAAAUUAAAUCAACGUUUAAUUACUUGACCGAGGAAGUUAUACGGUUUUUUUAUGAAAGAAAUUGUUGAUAAUUUAUCA